GCGCAAUGUGUGUUCUAUACUUCGCUUCAAUAUAUUACUCUGCAGGAACUAAACCGAGGGCUCGAAGUGCCUAUUUCUGCCUUACUUCGAUAGGCCGUUCGGCAUGUUUGUAGAGGGCUCAAAUCACUAGGAUGGUGUCAGACGGAGGCUUCGAUUGGUGCUCGUUCUUUGCUUUAUUCUGGAACGAUAAGGGGUUCAAAUGCAAGAUUAAUAUCCCUGAUACAGUUCUUUUCCGCUAUGGACAGCUUUCGGCGUGGUGGGCCACUAAUAAGGAGGGCUAUGUGCAAAGGCACGCAAGCCACAACACCUCGUUAGAAGCUAUUCGACGGCGCUUUAUCCAAGUCGCUGAAUGCGAUGAAGCAAACUAUAGCAAAUUCGUCGCAAUCGUGCGAUCAGGCGAUGGGCAGCCCCAGCUGCUGCGGUUGCAGGCGUUCAACCAGCUCACGGAGCUGCUAUCGGACAGGCUGGAGGCGGGAGGGGACGGCGCAGCACCAGAAAUGGAAAUCCCGCAGGUGCUCCAAGCAUUCAUCCAGCCCACAACGACCUGCGCUACGUAACCACCUACGUAGCCGGCGGCGCCAACAACGUCACCUGCCACACCUUCCAGCGCAAAUACAGCCGGCGGUAUGUAGCGCAGGGGCUGCCGUUGCCGCCGGGCGCCGCGGAGGGCCUUGCCGCCGAUGCCACCAUGUCGUACGCGGCCGCUGCGGCGGCGGCACAUGACGAGGUUCCGGAUCCCGUAACGGGCCAGGGUGCGGUGGACCCCUCCCUGAAAAUGGAGUUCCGCAAGCUCACCAGCCACCUGGUGAAGUACAUCGAGAAGGCGCAUCGCCUGACGCUAGCAGGCAUUGUGGUGGAGUGGGUGCGGGACGCGUACGGCAAGAUAUAUCUGCUGUCCGUACUGCGUACGGAAUGGGCUAGUAAUGCCUGCGGUAAUGGCGGCGGCAGUUUGAGUGCGGCGAACCUGCUGGAGGAGCCGCAGGAGGUUGAGGAGACGGGGCCCGCAGCCACAGCCAACUCCAUCAUCUCGCUGGCUAACGGCGGCACUGGCAACGGCGGAGCCGGUAGCGGCGGGGGUGCUAGCGGCGGGGGCAGCGGCAUGGGGGACCUUGGGAUGCCGCCACCGCCGCCUCCGUUGCCGCCUAGCUUGGAGCCCGGCGGCGACAUGGGGCCGGCAGUUGCAUGGUCGGCAGCGGGAGGCGCCGCCAACGGUACCUCCGCCACCGCCACAACUGCCUCCCCGCCCACCACCAUCUACGCUCCUCCGCCGCCGGGGGUAACCCUGACGCCCUCCACCCGCUCUGGACUGGUGCUGCUGCCCUCCGGCACUGGCCGGCCCACCUCGGCCUACCCCGGCGCCGCUUCCUCACCAGUUUCGGAGCUCCUACGGCCGCCGGGGGUGCCCGGCAUGGGUGCCGGGAGCACCAUGUCUGCCCUCGCCGCCUUCCCCGGCGGCAGCCGCUCCGCCGGGCUCAACGUCUCCGUCAGCAACUCCUGGCCCAGCCACCAACAUGAUGCGCAGCUGGGGUCUCCGGGAGCCCGAGCAGCGGGCGCCGGGUCCCCCGCCAACGCCCCCGGCAGCGGCUACCGGCCCCUCUCUGGCAGCCUGAGCUCCAGUCAGCUGCUGGUGCACCCGCAGCACCACCCGCACCACAGCCACCACCUGCUGCAGCACUCCCUCAGCAGCAGCGGACACGCACCGCAGCAGCACCACCCGCAUGUCGGCCGCAUCCAAUCCGCGAGGCCGGCGCUGACCGCAACGCCCGCCUUCACCACCACAGACCGCACCGUCAUUGGCAACAACAGCCACCACAACGGCGCCCGCCCACCUCGCCCUGGCUCCUCCCCCGUCGCCUUUGGCCGCAACUCCAACACCUCCCCGCUCCGCAGCAACGCCCUCGUCCCGGGGCCGCAGCCCGGCGUGAUCUCCUCCACAGGCCACAUGGACAGAGCGGCGUCGCCCUCUGCAGCGGCCAUUGCCGCUGCCGCCGCCGCGGCCGCUGCGGCCUCGGUCGGCGCCAACAGCCGCACCGCCUCUCCCUCCAGGUCCCGCCCUGCUACCGGCACAUCCGCCGGCGCUGGCGGCAGCGGUGCCACGGGUCACGUGAACGCGGGGACUCGCGGCGCGCCGCUGAUGAUGCAGCAGCUGACCAGGGAUCUUGAGGCGGCGCGGGACCAGCUGGUGAUGCAGCACCAGCUAGCGGAGGCGAGUGCUGCCAAGGUACGGCAGCUGGAGCGGGAGAAGGAGCUGCUGGUGGCGGCAUUCGACCAGCGGGUUUCGGAGCUGCAGUCGUCGUUGAUGGUGGCGCGGCAGGACCUCAGUGCGGCGCGGGCGGAUGCGGAGGAGCAGCGGAGGCGCGCCACCGAGUCCGAGGCUCGCGUGACGGAGCUGGAGCAGCGCACCCAGCAGCUGCAGUCCACGCUGGACGGCGAGCGCGGCACUGUGAUGACGGCGCUGCGGGAGUGCCACGAGCGCGACGUGAGCGGCAAGCACCGCAACGAGCAGCUGGAGGCGGAGGUGCUGCGGCUCACGGAGAGGCUCAAGGAGGAGUCCACCGCGGUGGCCGCCCUCAAGCGGCAGCUGCUGCAGUUCUCUGACAUUGCGGAGCGCUACGCCACCACCCUGCGCGAGGGCGAGAUGGAGCCGGGCAUGCAGGAGGUGCUGGACCGCGUGCAGAAGCUCUUCGUGGGACAGACCAACCCCUUUGGCGAGUCGUACGCCGUACAAAAGGUCCUCAACCACUACCACGGCGACCUGCGGGCCGUCUUCCUGUACUACGCGCAGCUCGAAAACAACUUUGCUGCCUAUUGGCCGCCUGGGCUGGCGUUCCAGCAGUGGAUGCUUUUCUGCAAGGAGACGGAGACGUCGGAUCCGAGAUCCAACUCGCGAGUGAGCAUCAUCACGCAGCCCCACAAGAUGCUGCACCCUCGGGACUGCGAGGUGGUGUUCCGCGCCUAUGCCAAGGUGGACCCCAACGCCAUCAACACUUCGGCUCCCGUGCUGUCGUACGAGGGCUUCCUGUGUGCCCUGAUUGACGUGGCGUUCCGCGUGAAGCGGCUGGACCAGCCCUACCUAUCCGAGGCUGUACGGGAGUACAUCUUGUCGUACGUGUCACGAGCUUCCAAGAUGUCGCCAUCUGGGUUGCGGCGCGGGCAGGUACGGGAUGCGUUGGAGGGUACGCGGGAGGGGCCGCCGCCGACACCGGGUGUGCUGUCCGCGUCUGGAAAGGCCAUGACUGGGGUGGGCGGGAAGGGCAAGAAGAAGGCGACCAUUGCAGCCGGGGCGGCGAAGGAGGGUACGGGGUCGCCGGGGAUGGCAGGAACAGCGGCAGCGGCGGUGGUGGCGGCAGCCGCAGCAGCAGCGAGUGCGGGGCAGUUGGGGAUCCGGACGACGACUGGGACGCCUGCGGGGGGCAGCCUGGCGGCGAGUCGGCCGGGCAGUGCGCUGAGCCGCAAGAGCAGCAUGCUGAUUGGUGCGAUCGAGCAGGACUUGGCGAUUGAGGUGAACGCAGCGCUGAGCAGGAUGAACACGUGAAGUAGUCGUGAUGCGUGCGACGGGUGUGGAGGUGGCGGUAGGACUGUAGGACGGUAGCAGCUGGUGUGGCUGGUUGAGGUCGGGUGAGGUGCAUGGCGGGCACACUGCUAGUCGGACGCGUUGGUAGGGGUGCUUUGAUACUACUGUUGGGGGUAGAAUGACCAAGUGGGUGUUGGGGUGGCGGAUGGGUGGCGUCGUGGUACGCGUUACGUUUUUUUGACGGUAAACUGGGCGUGGCAGCUGGGAUGAAAGGGGCCCUUGUCUGUGUGGGGUUGUACUCAUGGUGGUGCUGUACCGGCGGUAUAAUCGCACCGGUGUAAACACUCGCUGGGUGACAUGCAGGCGUGCGGGCUGCAGUUGGUGACUCGAACAGAGCUAGUGGCGGCGGUGUGGUGGUGGUGCUUUGCAAUGCAGGACGGUGCAGGACGUUUACGGCAUUACGGUGCAUUACUGAACUGGAAGGACAGGAGUGUAGCGCCGUUUCCGGGGAUGCCAUGAGGGCCCCUGUUGUGGCGAACCUAUUCUUGGCCUGGCAUGUGGUAUUUGAAACAUUUGCAGUGGGGGCUUUUGCGUGACUCUUGUUGUGGUGUACGUGGGUGCUUUGUACCCUCCCGGAUAAGGCGCGGGGCGUGUGGGGGUGAUUGCAGGUGGUGGCUCAAUAGUAGGGUAUUGUACUGCCGGAUUUCCGGAGGCUGGCUUCCUGACUUUCCUUAACAUGCAAGGCCCUCAACAUUCCGGGGGCUGAUGGAUGAGAACGUUGAUCCGCCCCGUACCUAGCCAUUGAGAGUGCCCGCAUGCAGGUCUGCGUGUACUCAGGCAUGUACUUGCGGUGCUCAAGGUUGCUAUCAUCACUCAUAGGGGACAUGACGCGUACCCCCUGUAAGAGGGAGGCAGGGUUUAGGGGGCAACGGAUCGGCCCCGACUGCGGAACGUUGUGACGGUUGUGCUAGUCUUGGUGAAGCACGUGACGUCAUUAGGACACGGCUUGGUGUGAUGCUUUCUUAAUAAGGCAGGGCUUGCGGUUUCCUGCCCUUGGGCGAUUCCCUACAGGUUUUAGGUUCGACGACUUUUGGCGUGAUUACAGGUGUAUUUAACCAUUGCGACAUGCACUACAUUUGCUGUGACCCGACAUAUCCUCUAGUUGCACUUGAGCCGCUGAAAACGAGACGCGGGACGCAUGCGGCUGCGUGGGACGGUGUGAAGCUGGAGAGGGAAGGAAAGCGGGCGGCGGGUGUGUCCGCUCACCUUCCCCCACCAAGCCACCAUCCUCGCCCCUCAUCCUCUUAGCUCUUAAUGAUAGUGCGAGAAUGCUGCUGCGCCGUAACUUGCACGGUAGCUAAGUUUUGUUGUCUGUAAUUAAGCUUUCCCGUCUCUCAUGUGCCCGCUGCUCGCUGCUU